GAUUGGUUAGCCAGCCGGUCACUCAGCGCUUAGUGUCUGCGAACAGGGAAGAGCGGGUUUAGCUAAGAAAAUUAUAAGGUCAUUUUGAAUUACCGGGAGCUGCAGUCCAUCUGCCAUUUCAGAAAAAUAGUAAAUAAUUACAAUAGAACUUAUAAUAAUGAUGGAGCACGUGAAACGGCGACGGAUCUCAGCGCGCGGAUGAUUCCUCUGAAUUGAUAUUUCAAUAAAAAAGAAGGGAAAAAACGCCGAGAGGUUUGGGUUCUAAGCUGAUCAAGGUGGGAAUUGAACGGAAAGGUGGUGCUAACACAUCGUGACGGACUGCCAGUAGACACAAGGAGUAAGGAUGCUGCGUCUGGCGUGUUCCACCGUCCUGCUCUUCGUGCUCAGGUUGAUCCUGGCUCUACCCUGGGCUCAGGUUCUUCCUGCUGUCCUCAUCUUCUUCCUGGGGACCGGAGGCUGGAACUCGCUGCGUGUCUUUAUAAAGACCAUCGGCCGAGACCUGCAUGCAGCUGUGGUUCUGCUGAAGGUGAAGCUGAAUGUGAAGCGCCACCUGCGCCAGCGUAACACCAUCCCCAAGAUCUUCGCCGAGACGCUGCAGAAGUACGGCGACAAGACAGCGCUGAUCUUCGAGGGCACGGGCGAGCGUUGGAGCUUCAGGCAGCUGGACGAGUACUCCAACCGUGUGGCCAACCUGCUGCACCAGCGCGGCUUCAGGGAGGGAGACGUGGUGGCUCUGUUCAUGGAGAACCGCUCGCAGUACGUGGGGCUGUGGCUGGGCAUGGCCAAGAUCGGCAUCGAGGCGGCACUCAUCAACUUCAACCUGCGUCUGGAGGCCCUGGUGCACUGCGUCAACAUCUCCAACGCCAAGGCCGUGGUGUUCGGCAGCGAGCUGACCGACGCGAUGUGUGAGGUGCACAGCUCCAUGGGGAAAUCUGUAAAGCUCUUCUGUUCUGGUGACUGGGAUCCCAAACGAGUUCCUGAGGGAACCGAGUGUUUAGAGCCCCUCCUCCAGGCCGCGCCCACACACAAGCCCAGCCAACCACCACAGCGCGGCUUCACCGAUCGUCUCUUCUACAUUUACACAUCUGGAACCACUGGAAUGCCCAAAGCUGCCAUCGUCGUCCACAGCAGGUAUUACCGUAUGGCUGCUCUGGUGUAUUACGGUUUCAGGAUGCGGUCAGAGGACGUGCUGUAUGACUGUCUCCCGCUCUACCACUCAGCAGGGAACAUCGUGGGCGUCGGUCAGUGUCUGAUCCACGGCAUGACCGUCGUCAUCAAGAAGAAGUUCUCAGCAUCCAAAUUCUGGGAGGACUGCAUCAAGUACAACUGCACGAUAGUGCAGUAUAUCGGUGAGAUCUGUCGUUACUUGUUGAAUCAGCCGGUGCGGGAUGUGGAGCAGCGUCACCGUGUGCGCAUGGCGCUGGGUAACGGUCUGCGUCAGUCCAUCUGGGAGGAGUUCAUGCAGCGAUUCAACAUCCCACAGAUCGCCGAGUUCUACGGAGCCACCGAGUGUAACUGCAGCCUCGGCAACUUUGAUAACAAGACCGGUGCUUGUGGCUUUAACAGUCGUAUCCUGCCCUUUGUCUACCCCAUCCGUCUGGUCAGAGUGGACGAAGAGACCAUGGAGCUCAUUAGAGGACCUGAUGGAGUGUGUAUACCGUGUGGUCCAGGUGAACCUGGUCAGCUGGUGGGCAGAAUCAUCCAGAAUGACCCCCUGAGACGCUUCGAUGGCUACGUGAACCAGGCCGCCACCAGUAAAAAGAUCGCACAGAGCGUCUUUAAGAAAGGGGACAGUGCCUACCUGUCAGGAGACGUGCUGGUGAUGGACGAGUUCGGCUACAUGUACUUUAGAGACCGUACGGGAGACACGUUCCGCUGGAAGGGUGAGAACGUCUCCACUACUGAGGUGGAGGGAACGCUGAGCCGCCUGCUGGACAUGAAGGAUGUGGUGGUGUACGGUGUGGAGGUUCCAGGCGCAGAGGGUAAAGCUGGCAUGGCGGCCAUCGCAGACCCGGACCACACCACAGACCUGGGGAAGUUCAGCAGGGAGCUGGAGAAGGCGCUGCCCCCCUACGCCCGUCCGGUGUUCCUGCGCUUCCUGCCUGAGGUGGACAAGACGGGAACCUUUAAGUUCCAGAAAACGGAGCUUCGCCGUGAUGGGUUUGACCCAAGUGUGAUGUCCGAUAAGCUCUACUUCCUGGACUGCACUAAAGGAUGCUACGUUGAGCUGGACGCCGAACUCCACCGUAGCAUCUCCUUGGGGAAGCAAAAAUUAUGAAGAAACCACUGCCGGCUCCGCCCACUUCCUCAACCAUCCUUCAUCAGACCCCUCCCCAGGAACCUUUUGACACCAUGCCCCUCGUUACCUCAGCAACCGCAGUGAGGGGCAGCAGGAGCACUACACCUCCCAGCUCGCUCCUUCACCCGGACACCCGAAGUGCCCCACCCUCCACCCACCGUGGGCAGGAUGACAGAUAUCGAUAUGUGUUAUUAUAACAGUUUAUGGCACAAGGAGAGAGAACACGCCUCCUCGGCCCACUCUGCACAACGGCGGCUUCUUUAUAAAGUUGAAUCCUGAACGCACCUGGAAAAUAAAAGAAAAGAAAAGGAAAAAAAACUCUGCUCAACAAAUGGACCAAUCGGACAGCAGAGCAACAGACAGCCAUUGAAGCGACUCUGUGUGCAAAUGCUAUUUAUUUCAAUCUUCACCUGCACCAAAAAAUAUUUAAAUUGUAGAAUAGCCUCUAUUUAUAAAAACCAUGAAUUAAUCGUAUCGUAAACAUCCAAUACGUCGUCUGUGUACAGCGUAGGAGCGACCGCGUACUGCACCUGGCCACCGAGUCAUUCUUCCACAACUGCAAGGGGCAGUGUGUGUGUGUGUGUGUGUGUGUGUGAACUGAAUGUAUCCACGUGCAGAUGUACGUAGCAUCGUGCAGACGCACCGUCAGGUUUUAUGUCUACAUGGCUUUUUGCGUGGAGGAUCUGGCGCUCGUAGCCACGCCCCCUCGUGCGAGGACGAGAAGGUGAAAGGGAACUCAUUUAAAUACACCGUUAGCUUCUCUUUAAAAAAAAAAAAUCACAAGCAUGGCUGAAGAACAGACGGAGCACUGUGCCUUAACAUGAGCUCAGGCCCUGUCCCAAUCCACCUCACGCUAUCUCUAGGCUCCCUUUCUCCAUAGCUUCCUCCUCAUUUCUUCUUACCUGAUAAACACGCCAUCACUUGUUGACUCUCGUUAGAAAAUACGUAGGUAUCGAUAAUCAAAUGCAUAAUAAUAAUAAUAAUAAUAAUAAUAAUCAUCAGGAUAUUAACCAAUAAUCCAUAAAAAUCCAUUUUUUCCCCCUGAAGUCAUGGAAUUACAGCGCCGAGAAUUCCGGAGAUCCUGAUUAGGGAAUUACGAGCUGCGGUUCGCGUCCCAAUUUACACUUUACGCUUCAUGAAUGCAGCAUAACCCGACGUUCACACUAUCCAUCAUGGGGUCAGUGGUGUGAUUGUGGGUGUGGCCUGUCUGCAGUUUUAUUCACACUGAUAGCGUCAUACAAUCGCUUCUAAAGCUAAAAUGAUUAACAUGGAUUAGAUUAGAUUAGAUUAGCAAAGCAAGCUAGCAGUACAAGCUACUAGAGCUGACAGGUGGAGAUGACGUGAACUGAAGAAACGUCAUGGCGCACUCGCGAUCAGACAGCAGGACAGUCGUUUGGAUUGGAUUCACAAAAAGAAAUGAUUGUCUGCCGCUUUGUGAAUUGCCGGUGUGAACGCAGGGUUAGAGUCUGGAUUUAAUGUGACACAUGCUCAUUUAUUUCUGUGUGUGUGUGUGUGUGUGUGUGUGUGUGUGUGUGUGUGUGUGCUCAUGCUCAUGACAGCUUGCAUUAGUGCAUGAGUCACUAUGUAACGAAUAUAAAGGGAAGAUGAUCAGACAUGCUAAUGCUAAGCAGGAGGUUCGGAUAUGAUGCGCUCUUUCUAAACACACUCCGGAGUUUAAGAUCUGAACUGAAUGAAGUUUAUAAAUUAAGGGUUUAUUAUUAGGUAUAAAUUUAACGAUGGGUAUUUUAUCGUGCACUCUGCUGUCUCUACUGUGGUGUUUUUUUCAUUUUAUUGUAAUUGUCUUUUUAUUUGCAUUUAUUUAUUUUUCAGAACACUGAUUUGUUCGUAAUUGUCUUGAUUUGACCAGCUUUAAUUAUGUCUCUUGGUUUAUUUUGUAUUCUUCGUGUGUGUGUGUUUGUGUUUGGGGUCAGUCCUAUGACAGCAGAGCGUCGUCAUGGUGCGACGUUGCCGAGGCGUCUCCUGGCUACAUCAGAGAUUUGUUUUCAUUUUGAUUCACAGUAUAAGAGGCGGAGCCUCAUCGUUACUUGAGUGCUGAUGGGCCGAAAUGGAGCCAAUAUUCCAAAUGUGCUCCGAGGUAAAUUUGAAUCUUGGAUUUGAAACGGGUCACGGCACCAGAAUCCUGAUCCGGGUUUUCAAUCCGUGGAUUUUAAACUUAACAACAAAAUCUGAUCCACGAUUCCAAGAAUAACAUUCAGAUAUACAAAAAUCAUGCAAACUAAUUAUCAGUCCGUUAUGUUUGAUCUUCUCCGCAGCUCCGAACCCACGCAGUCGUCAGUGUGGGACUGAGGAGUCGGAGGAAUCCGUAAUUCCGUGUUCUGGCCUGUAGGAGGCAGUGUGAGUCCUCACCUGACCAAAACCUGCUCUUCAUUCCAAAAACUCUCAGAGCUGAUCUAUAUUUCUGUGUUAAAUACAUUCGCGUGUGUGUUAGAGCACAGAGAGGGGGAUUAUGGGUAAAGGUUUGGAGCAGCUUCGUGUUUAUGUUGGACUGCGUAAUCGUAAAGGUUUAUUUUUAUUCAGCAGGAUUUAUCACGAUUUCAGAGUAACAUCACUCCAUAGAGAUUGUAAAGUGAAGACAGUAAAAUGUUUGUGUUUGUUCUCAGCAGACUGAAUCCUCCACAAUCGCACACUUAACGAUAUUUCCUUAACGAUCUUUCCUACCUUUCCUAUUAAACUCUCUGAUAAUUCUGAGGUUGGUAGUAAAUGGAGUAAACGGUUGAUCCUGCUGUAGAAAACUACACGUCUCUUUUCAUAAAACUCUCGCUCCUGUGCUGUCGUUUAUCUCUCCCUCUUUUACUCUAACAAAUCUUUUUAUUCUUGCCCUCAGUCUCGUUUGGAUUCAUUCCCAUGACUCCGCCCCCUAGUGGACACGCCCGCUGUGUGUAUUUACCUUCCCGUGCACUCCAAGAACUAUAAAUCAGCUCUAGAACGGCAGCUUUAUUUCAUGACUUUUUAUUUCGUUCUCUUGUGUUAAAAUGAGCUUUUUGAAAAUGUUUGGUUUGGAUUUUUACAUGGCGCUGUGUGUGUUUGUGUGUGAAUGCUACUGUAACCCUGAGCACUUUAUUAGGAACACUGCCCUCACCCUGGACAGAGCUUCACUCUGCUCUCAGAACGGCUCGAGUCUUCACGGCAUGGACUCCACGUGUUGUCAGGAACGUUCCACGAGACACUUUCACGCUGUGACUCUAUGGUGAAUCUCCCAGACACGAGGCUUUCAUGCUUUUUUCUCUUGUUCUGAAGGUUGAUGUGAACGUUAGUGGAAGCUCUGGACCUGUAUUUGCAUGACCUAAUGCACUGCACUGCUGCCUCCUGAUUGGCUGAUUGGAUAACUGCAUGAAUGUGUAGGCGUUCCUAAUAAAGUGCUCAGUGAGUGUUUAUGGGUCUGUAUUAGGUUUGAUUUAUUUGUGUUAUUUAAUUUUAAAAGUGAUGAAGGACCAAGUAGAAUUACAUUAUUUUAUUUUUAUUUUAUUUUAAAUAUUUUAAUUAAUUUUAUUUUUCUUUAAUUUCUUUUCUUUUAUUUCUUUUUAUUUUUUAUUAUUAUAUUUUUAUUUAUUUUUCACAUUUUAUUUUAUUUGUUUUAUUAUUAUUAUUAUUAUUUUUUCUCUCUCUCGAGGGUGGGGGUG